AUGGUACCUCGAAUUAGUUUACGCUUUUCUACAUCUUUCGUUCCAAAGAUUUUUAAACAUGGAAAAUCACUUCACAACAAAGAGGAACACAUUCCUCACACCGACGGCUACAGACAACUGAACAUUUGUAUGCACCGUCUGCGAAACCGAAAGAGUUAUGAGAAACUUCUAAAAAGAAGACCUGCUAUGUUUGAUGGCCCUUCUUCUUCUGCAAGCACUGCCACUGCCACUGCCACUGCCACUACCACUGCCACUGCCACUGCCACUACCACUGCCACUACCACUGCCACUACCACUGCCACUACCAACCUGAACAGUAAUAAUGAACCUGCCCCAAUGGAAUUUAUUAUUGAAAACCCUCAGGACACGUAUGGCCAUGAAAUCUCUGACGAAGACGAAUAUAGUGAUGAUCACAUUCUAUCUGAUUCAUCAGAUGACUAUGAUGAGACCACUGACGACGAAGACAUGGACACCAGAGUAGAAUAUGAUAGCCAGGAUCAUAUCGCUAGAAUGGCAGCAGAAAUGAGAACCUUCCAAUCUCUUUCUCAUGCCAUGAAUGCCUACUCGAACGAAGACAGCAGCAGACAGACAUCGUACCGGCCCGAUGACUUUGCUGACAUUUUUACUGGACCCACCCGUCCGUUUAAAUCGAAAGUAGAGUUUAUCUUACAUGCUCUCUUCUACGGCGAUGAAGAUCUUGCCUCAGAAAGAUCUAUCAAGAAGAUCAUGUUUGCCAUGAAGAUGGUCUUGGACGUCCGUGAAGAAUCUGGAGUAGCACUGGAUUUUCCGACACCAAAUGCUGUGAUUAACUAUCACAAGCAGAAAAAGAACCAGAUCCCUGUUUUUCCUACUGCCAGUUUCGAUGUUGUGAACCAAGACAAUGAACGACAUGUACUUUGGAUGAACAAACCGUCCGAUUACAUCAAGUUUACCAUGACAUGUCCCGGAAAAUCAUCUCAAAUCUCGGCCCUUCCUGACUUCACGGAAAACCAGCGGUUGAAUCUCAACCAAGGCGAAAAGUGGAAGGAGAACCCAUUGCUCCAGCACCCGAUGAUCACUUCAAACGGAAUGGACUACUGGGUGGGUGAUGUCGUCGAAGUCCAAGGCUCCCCGAACCGGUAUCUCCUUGAGAAGUUCUUCACCAAGGACGGAUCCAUACUUGCCAAUGCGUUCCAGGUUUAUGGUGGCCACGAUCCUUGGCUGAACCAUCCUGAUGAUACUCACUUCCUGCGGUUUGGAAACUCUACGAACUUUGCUGUCUCUACCCUGAAGUAUACCAUUGAAGUUGAUAGGAUUAUGUCUACUGUUCAAAAAGACAGCGAUCUUUUCCUCGGACGUGGUUUCUCUGUUUCUUAUUGCCCUGCCAAAAUUGUCACCUAUGCUCUUACUGGUGUUCAAUCUGACUUGUGGCUCAACAAAUCCCGUGUUGAAGAAUUCAAGAGAAGACUUCCAGGCUCUGGUUUGAUGAAAGUGGUUGUCUGCCCACUUAAUCUCUAUUCCGACGAUACCUCCGGUAAUUCAACAAAGCAGUACAACAAGUAUGACAGUUACUUAAUGUACUUUGCUGCGUUGCCACUUGAGACGAGAAACAAACGAGAAAAUGCUCUUUUCAUUUGUACCUCGAAUCAUACACUGAAUGCCAUUGAGAUGUUGCCCCCUAUCGUCGAUGACCUCGUUAGGCUGGAGAAAGGUAUUGAGAUGUAUUCUGAGGAUCAUGGUGAAGUAGUUCUUGUUGUUGCGCCCCUGUUGCUCUUUAUGGGUGACAACCCUCGUCAAUCUCAGCUUGCCAUGCAUAAGGGAACAUCUGCCAAGAAGUUUUGCCGAAAAUGCCUCAUACCUUCGCCUCGUAUUGAACAGGGUUCCAUCCCUGAUGCUCCGCCGUAUUCUCCAGUUGACCACCGUGGGUCAGAAGAAAGAACAAGGGAUUUCUUGUGCGCCUUUGCCAAUGCCGAUUCCCAGUCAGAGCUAUAUCUCAAUGGGUGCGAAUUGAGUUAUAUCAAGAAUGGAAGUGAGGAAUUUCUUAGACUCGAAGCCUUUGACCCUACCAAAGACAUGCCUGUCGAAAUUCUCCACAUUAUUCCUCUUGGCCUGACGAAAUACUUGAUGACUUUUCUCUGGAAACAGAAGAUGCUGACUACAAGUGAAAAGGGGAGACUCCAGGAAGCUCUAAACUCUUACAAGUCUUGUAAGAGUUACAGCCGAACAUUCAGGAACAAGCUUCGCCACACUGGUUCGUUCGUUGGACGCGAUUUCAAGGAAUUGAUUCAAGUCCUGCCUGGAAUUAUGAGCAAGCUCUUUAGUGACAAACCAUUGGCAAGUUUGUUCAUUAAAGCCUUGCAUGCAUUAGGCCGCCUGUCGUCUUUGGUGUACAUGCGUGGAGUCGACCGGUGCUUCGACUACUAUAUUGCCCAGAUAAAACACGCUGUCACUGAUGUAACGGAUCUGCUUUUUCAACUGGAUGUCCAGAUUCUCCAAAAAGGAUUUUCUAAGCAAGACUUCACGUUCAAGCCAAAGGUCCACCUUCUGCAUCAUAUCACUGAUGACAUUGUUCGUUUCGGUUCCGUGCUGCAAUACGAAACUGAAAACGGUGAACAGUUCAAUAAGUUCAUCCGCGAACAUUUAUUCAAGACCAACCGCCAUUCCACCUCUCGAGACGUCGCUACAAGAUUUGGCAAGCAAUUCAUCUGUCGGCAUCUUUGUAAUGGAGGAUCGUAUGUCGUAGAGAAACCAGCUGGUAAUGGAACAAGAUCUGUGAGAAGUUCAAUUGGUGAUUUUGUCAAGCUAGCCCCUGUCAAUUUCCCAGGCUUUAAUCUCCAUUUCUUUGGUUCUCGUGUCAACAGUGACAAUUCUAGGUUGUCGACUCCCACUUUGUGCGAUACACUUGCAGGUGUUUUUCAAUCAAAUGGUCAAUUAUUCCUUGGUCAGGUAAAGAUCGUUCAAGCAAGAGACUCUGCAGACAGAAUGAGGAAGGCGUUCUUUAUGCAAAAGUACCAAAUUGUUCCGAACAGCAAUGUAAAUUGCAUCUAUACCCCAGCCGUGGUAACGGACAAUUACAACAACAUUGUGGUUCUGCCCCUUGGAGGCCUGGUUGAAGUCAACAAAGAUGACAUCAACAUCGUUCAGGCUGUUGAUAUUCACUUGUCCGUCGGGUCUUCCAAUAACCAAAAGUUCCUCAACGUUGCAAAAUUCGGCAUGUUCUGGUGGAUGUUGAUGAACAUUGCAAAAAUCUAUUAA